AUGAAUGCGUUCACUGAAAGAAAGGCUUCAUACAAGCAACCACCCAAUAGCAUCACGGACAGGAUGCUGUCGCAGAACGCUCGACGUGCUAAAGCAUUAGGAGAGCAAAAACGAAGACGAGCACAGCGCAUCGAAUCUGAACGUCAUAUUGAUCUUUUCGCAGAUCUUACCCUUGGGCCUUCUGAUGACGAAGUCGAUAUAAAGCGCCGAGGGCAUCAAUCCACUGCUGAUGAGGAUACGAUCGUGCGAGAGGGUGUAGGCCAAUUCGCCACUUUACUUCAACCAGGACCUUCUGUCUCCGCACCAGAACCUCAUGUCGAGGAUAUACCUGAUGCAUCCAUGGAAGUUCGAAAGAAACAGAAAAAGAGAAAGGGGCACACGAAGGCACAGCCGCAGCCAAAGGUGAAGAAACCGAGCCCCUGGGCAGACAGGUGCAUGUAUGCGGAGCUUUUAGAGAUGAAAGAGAUGGAGCCGUGGGUUAUGGCGAGUGAGAGAGGAGAAGGACAUGCCGACGGGCUGCCGGACGAUUUACAGACAGGCUGGGUUGCCGUUGCGCCUGUUCCGGUGGGGAAGAGGUGUCUCGCGGUUUCCCACUUUGGGAGUGGUGUCGUGGGUGUCGUGCCUAACACGACCUUACGAUCGAGGGUGCUUGGGAAGCCGCUCAUGCCGAGGUUUCCCUCGCCCUUACCGUCUGACACGGUACUUGACUGCAUCCUGGAUCAAAACUGGAAGGUCAACGGCGUGAUUCAUGUGCUCGACGUGCUGAAGUGGAAGGGCCAAGAUGUGGCAGAUUGCGAAACGUCUUUCAGAUUCUGGUGGAGAGAUACCCGCCUUUCUGAGCUUCCUCCUCCGAGACCACCGACAAAUGUCGCACCAAUUGCGCCGACCAGCAACACAUUAGGUGGCGUUGCAGAAGGAUAUCACUUCCCAUACCCGACAUCAUUUUUGCCCGUUUCGUAUCACGUAGACACAACGGCUGCGAACCUUAUAUCCCAUGUCAUACCCCUCGCACGAUCCCCUUACACUGUCAGCGUCUCGGUCCCAGUGUCUGCGCCGCAUCCGCAAAGCGAGGCUGCUAUGGACGUGGAGACCACACAACCAACAGUUCGGUCAAUACAGACGGACGUCAAGUCGGACGGUCUCUUGCUCUAUGUCGCGCAGGCGAUAUACGAACCAGGGACAAGCCCGUUGAGUAGCUGGGUGCCGAUUACUGGGCCCAUUCAAGAGGAUGUAAAAGCAGGUGAGUCCGGAUUAGAGAUGCCUAUCGAUCAGGCAGAAAGCGCUAGUCGAAGUCCAUUGGAUGUGUUCGAGAGGUUAGUCAAUUUGAUGAGUGUGGCCUAG